GUUGGCUGCUGCGGGGCGGCCCCUGGGCGGCCCUGCCUCCGGGCGGCCGGUGGCUGUGCCUGCCUUUCAGCGGCCUUCUCUCAGGCAUUAAAAUAGGCACGUACGUGAAGGGCUGCUUGGGCAGACCUCAGAGCAGGCAGAGCUAGGCCUCAAUGAGCACCACCAGAAUGAAGCCAUCAGCUAUAUGCGCUUUGCUCGUUUCAAGCGUGGCCUGUGUCUCAAAACAGUGGAUUCUUGCUUUCAGGACCUUAAGGACAGCAGACUUGUUGAGGAGACCUUCACAGUUGAUGAGGUGAUAGACAUGCUGGAUGGGCUGCAGACUGUUGUACACAGUGAAGUGGAGUCCGAGCUCAUAAAUACAACUUACACCAAUGUUUUACUUCUGCGCCAGCUCUUUACACAGGCUGAGAAAUGGUACCUUAAGUUACAGACAGACAUCUCUGAAUUGGAGAAUCGAGAACUGUUGGAACAGGUUGCUGAAUUUGAAAAGUCAGAAUUUACUUCUUCAAACAAGAAGCCCAGUGCAGAUCUCAUUAAACCAAAACUGGCUCCAAUAAAUGAAGGUGGGUCAGAGCUGCUAAACAAGACAGUUGCUUGUCUCCAAGAAGAAAAUGAAAAGCUGAAGACCAGACUGAGGACAAUAGAAACACAGGCUACAGCUGCAUUAGAUGAAAAGUCCAAACUGGAGAAGUCACUGAAGGAUUUACAGAUGAUCCAGGGAGAUCAAAAGACAAAUGUAAACAAGGAUAUCACUGAACUCGAGAACAGAGUGGCAGCUUUGAAAUGCCAGUUAGAGAAGACUUUGAAUGAUUCUACUGCAAACCAAAAAUCCCUGGAAGAGAACUUGGUGAUGACAAAGCAUGACUUGCUUAAGCUUCAGGAUCAGCUAUCCACAGCUGAGAAGGAACUAGAGAAGAAAUUUCAGCAAACAGCUGCUUACCGCAACAUGAAAGAAAUUCUUACUAAGAAGAAUGAACAGAUAAAGGAUCUACGUCGAAGGCUUUCCAAAUAUGAGCCAGAGGACUGAGAUACUAAAACCAUCUAAUCUAUCAAAAGCUGCCAUAGAAGGAAGAUGUAGACUGACGUUAUUUUUUAACAAUUUUUGUUUUGAAUGGUUUAUUCUAUGUUUCUAGUGCUUGAAAUAACUUCCUAUUAACGCUAAAAAGGAUGCUGAAACUUCUACCUUACUUCCUUAUAGAUUUGCAAUUUAUAGCUAUUAGCUUAUGUAGUCAUGUUUUUAAUUAACCAUUGACAUUCCUUGAGAAAUAGCAAACAGCAACUUAUUGAAGAACUGAGACAAUUCUUUACAAAGAAAGGAGUUUAUUUUUGUUAAGAAAAGAAAAAUAAAAAUAAGCACCAGGUUUUUAUAUUGUUGUCUCUGAGGUGAAAACUUGACUUAUGUUUGUAUAGUUCACAUAGCCACAAAGCGGCAUUAUAUGUGAAAAUUGCAUCAGUAACAGUAAAAAGUAGGAAAAAAAGAAAGAAACAUACUGAUUCCAUAGCAUUAUUUCACACUGAAUAGCUGAUCCCUUAACAAAAUGUGACCAGUAACAUUUUGCUAGAUGGUACUCAUUGGGUGAGGUAAAUAUGCUUUACAGGGGAAGCACUAGACCCUUUCAGAUAAAACCACUUAUUGGAGCUAUGAUCUUUCCCUUUAAAUUAUUUGAAACAAAUGUGAACAUUGGAAUACCAGUUCUGAUUGUUCCAAUACUCUCAAUGUUAAGAUGACAAUCUGAAAAAGCACGAGGAAGUUGCUAAUGGAGCAGCUUUCUCAGGAAAUACGUUACUUUAGAUAUUUUCACCUCCUUAUUUGUAACCUCACCAGAAAACAGUUUACUUCUCUCAAAGUCUUUUAUUUGUAAUCCUCUGCCUUGAAUUAUCUGGCAGCCUCUUAAUAGCAUGUUUUACUUGUUCAACUUUCUCUGUUCCUAUGUAUGUUGUAUAUUUCUCCAAAUAAAACCAUUAUGUUUUCAAACAUCAA